AUGGACCAGAACCCGUUGUCUGGUGGCUCUCAUCCCCCAAACGGACUCCAGCCCACGAAUACUGCGGCAGUCGACCUGAACGGAGCCAUGGCCGGCCCGGUGAAUGGAGGGAUUGAUGGGGCCAUGGAGGGUUCAUCAUUUGUAACAUCCGUUCCUGGCAUGGGAGACCUCAACAGUUACUCACAAGUACCCGAUGCGACAUUUGGCGACAUGGCUCUCGCGAUGAACGGGAUGCAGCCUGAAAUGUUUGCGGUACAGCCUCAGCAACCUAUGGCUGCCGACGAGAUCGCAUUGUAUGACAGACAGAUCCGCCUUUGGGGUAUGCAAGUCCAGGAACAGCUCCGUCGUGCAAACGUUCUCCUCAUCGGAAUGAAGGGACUGGGAUGUGAGAUUGCAAAGAAUCUCGUCCUGGCAGGAGUCGGAGUAUUGACAAUACUUGAUCACGAAGUGGUCGAGGAAGAGGAUUUGGGAACGCUAUUCUUCGUCCGGGAAGCUCAGGUUGGCCAGAAUCGUGCGCAGGCAGCUCUGGCAGAGCUACAGAAGCUAAAUCCAAGGGUUGAGGUAUAUACGGACCCUAAUGCGGCUGUCACUAAGGAUCCGGAAUACUUCCAGAAUUUCGACAUCACUAUCGCGACAGGCCUCAUUAUGGAUGUACUUGGAACGAUCAAUAUGGCCUGUCGAAUCAAUGGCCGGAAAUUCUAUGCCGCAGAUACCCACGGCAUGUACGGCUACAUUUUCGCCGACUUGCUCGUCCACGAUUUCGUGAUUGAGAGAGAGCAGAGGAACAAACCCACAAAAGUCGGCGAUAUGGAGACUUCGACCAAGUGCGUCAGAGCGGUUGAGUCGAAGAAGGAAAACGAGAAGACCAUGGAACUCAUUACCUAUCGAGAGACAUAUUCUCCCUUUCAGCUGGCCAAUCUGUCUCCUCUCCCAGCGCGGAUUAAGAACACUCGACGGAGCCGCACGAAGGUCACUCCUUUGCUUUCUUGCCUGCGGGCUCUAUUCGAUUUUCAAGGCCAAAUGGGUGGCAGGCUUCCCGCGCACAGCAGAGCAGACCUCGAGCUCUUCACCAGACUGGCAAACCAGAAACAUCUGGAGCUUUCACUUCCCCUGGAAACCUUGAGGUCGGACUUUCUCCGGGCUUUCCUGCAGAACCUUGGCUCUGAGAUCAGCCCAGUAGUUGCGUUCCUGGGAGGUUAUUUAGCACAAGAUGUCAUUAAUGUUUUGGGACAGAAGGAGCAGCCGCUUCAAAACUGGCUACUCUUUGACGGAGAAGAAUUUACCGCCACUCAGUUCUCGAUACAUCCCAUCAACGACGAUGCUAUGGAGAUGAUGAACACCAACGGAGCUAUGAUGGUGCCAGCGGCUUCAUCCAUGGACGGCACAAUUCCAGUGGCUUAA